AUGAAUAACCCAGAAAAGAAUAAUCUCUCUGACUCUGUGAGUGAAUUUGUCCUCCUGGGCUUCCCAGGCUCCUGGGAAGUCCAGAUCUUUCUUUUCUCAUUAUUCUCUAUGACUUACACCUUGACCGUGAUUGGGAACAUGUCUAUUAUCUGUGCUGUAAAUUUGGAUCAACAGCUCCAUACCCCAAUGUACAUCCUAUUGUCCAACUUCUCUUUCCUGGAGAUCUGGUAUGUCACCUCCACAGUCCCCAAUAUGUUGGCCAACUUCCUCUCUGAGAAGAAAAUAAUCUCCUUCAUUGGCUGCUUCCUCCAGUUCUAUUUCUUCUUUUCAAUGGGCACUACAGAAACCUUUUUCUUGUCAGCCAUGGCCUAUGAUCGAUACCUUGCUAUCUGCCGGCCCUUGCACUACCCCACCAUCAUGACUCUACAAAAAUGCAUAAGAAUGGUUGUCUCUUGCUGGGUAUGUGGUUUUUUCUGUUACCUCCUCCCAGUUUACCUCAUUUCCCAGCUGCCUUUUUGUGAUCGCAAUACAAUUGAUCACUUUAUUUGUGACCCAGGACCCCUUAUUAAGCUAUCCUGUGUUCCAGCUCCUGCCACUGAAAUCACAUGUGCUGUCUUUAACUCAGUCCUCAUCUUCUCUACCUUCCUCUUCAUUACUAGUUCAUAUGCACUGGUACUUAAAUCUGUGCUGAAGGUCCCCUCAGCAGGUCGGCAUAAGGCAUUCUCUACAUGUGGUUCCCAUUUGGCAGUGGUGUCACUGUUCUAUGGUUCCAUCAUGGUGAUGUAUGUGAGUCCAACAUCUGGAAAUCCAGCUGGGAUCCAGAAGAUUGUGACCCUGUUCUACUCUAUACUGACUCCACUCUUCAACCCAUUGAUCUAUAGUCUCCGGAAUAAAGAAAUGAAGAAAGCCCUGAAAAAAGUCCUGGAAAGUAUAAAAUCUGGCCAACAUAUGUGA